AUGGCUGACGUGGACGGAAAUGAUGUGCAACGCGAAGCAGACGCCACGAGCGCCAACGUCACGCAGGAGCAGCAUUUGGUGAGUGUCGGUCGCCUGCGCGCCGGGCUGCAGCAGCUUUUGGCAGUGGUAAGCCCCGCCAAUGACGCGCAUCCUGCUCUUCAAGUGCUGGUGACAACUUUCUCUACAGUUGAAGAGCAUGAUUAUCACUCUUUGGCUCGCACACAGUUGCAGGCGCUGGCCUCGUGUCUCGCGCAUUCUGAGCUGCGUGCGCUCAUCGUCAAGCAUCUGCGUCCAUUCCUGCUGGACCUGAUGGUUCGGCUCACGGACCCAGCACUGCCACUGUAUGAGCAGCAGCAACAGCAGUACAGCGAGUGCGUAGACAGCUUGAGGCGCAGUGAGCUCCUGGCGGCGACUCUAGCCGAAUUGCUGGUCUUUCUGCCGGCCACGAGCACUUUGGUGCAGCAAUACUUUGAGAUGGCGCCGAGCUUCUUCGCAUUCGCAGACGUCGUGGCCACGCAGAAGCAACAGAGCGACGAGACGCUCGACAGACUGCGUCGUAUCGCCAAGACGGCCUUCCAGCUGCUGAGAGCGAGACCAACCGAGCUGACGGCACUCUGGAACUGGACGCCCUUCUUCCCGCUCAGCUUCCACGACGAUGUGCACGUGCGGUGGUAUGCGGCGCGUGCUACAGCGCUGGUGUUGAAGAUGAGCAACGCCCAGAGGAGCGCUUUUCUCGCUGGCUUGAGUGUUGGUGAGGACGCGGCUGUGAGUGGGAGCAGCUCGACUGUGCGACAGAUUGAACUAGAGCUGCACAGCGAGGACGCGACUCGACAGGAACAGCUCAUCGAACUGAGUGUGCACCAGCAACAGGAUGGCAAUGAAGUUGCAGAGACACAGCCAGUGCCUUUUCAUGACUCGCUGCAGAACAUUUUCGGCGUAGUCAUCCCGACUAGCAAAUUGCACCAGCAACGUCACGAAUCCGAGGAAUCUUCCAUGACCGUCGAGCCACUGGUGCCCACUCCGUCGACCAAGCGGAACUUGCAGUCGCUCGCUAUUGCGCUUGGUCUGAAGCGUCCGAUUCUCGUGGCAGGUCCCGGCGGAUGCGGCAAGACGGCUACGAUUCGAGAACUGGCUCGGCUCUCUGGCAACGGCGACAUGGUGGAGCUGCAUCUGGACGACCAGAUCGAUAGCAAGACGUUGUUGGGGUCGUACGUGUGCACUGAUGUACCUGGCGAGUUCACGUGGCAACCUGGCGCGCUGACAACCGCCGUGCUUGCAGGCCGGUGGGUUGUUGUCGAGGAUAUUGAUCGUGCACCGUUCGAGGUGCUGGCUGCGCUCAUGCCGCUGCUUGAGACGCGCGAAAUGGUGCUCCCUGGUCGUGGCGAACUGCUGGUGGCCCACUCGAACUUCCAGAUUUUUGGUACGACGACACACGGACACCAAAUGCCCAAGGGCUUCCAGGAGUCUGUUUGGACGAGUGUCAGCGUUGCGCCACUGGCAGAUACCGAGAUCGAGCAGAUCAUGUUGACCCGGUUCGCGAAAAUCCCGCAACAAGUCGUGUCCAAGAUGAUGACCACGUAUAACGCAGUUUCUGGCAACACGAGCGAAGAGAUCGGCGGAUCUGCACAGCUCUGGAAGGAGACACGACGGAACUACGGACGCGAUUUCUGUCUGCGUGACUUGCUGAAGUGGUGCAAGCGCAUUUAUCGAUUCUGCUACUACGCUGCGGGCGCCAUCAGUGACAAGGCAUCAUCACGUCACGAUUAUAUUACCGAGGACGAACGUAUGCGCAUUGUGGUGGAGGCACUGGAUGUCUUCUGUGCAGGGAUUCGGGACGCGCAGACGCGCUUGCACUCGGCUUGUGCGUUGGCUGCGAUUUGGGAAGUGCAGUCCGAGAAAAUCGAGUAUUACCUCGAGCAGCACAAGCCUCACGUGGCAUUCAACACUCACGAAGUGGAGUUUGGUCGUGUGCAUCUGCCGACACUGUCGCAACAGGCUCAGCUGGAGCAAGGCGACAAGCCCGCUACUAGCUCUGUGGUGAUGACUGGCCACGUGCUUCGUUUGCUGGAGAAAAUGGCUGCCAUUGUGGCGACCUGUGAGCCAGCAUUGCUUAUCGGUGAGACUGGUUGCGGUAAAACUACCAUCAUUCAGCACAUGGCAGCGGCGAUGGGGCAGCGUCUGGUAGUCCAAAACUUGAAUAUCCAAAGUGAUAGUUCCGAUCUCGUGGGAGGCUUCAAGCCUGUGGAAAUUCACCUGCUCGCCCGCCCAUUGUACAUGGAUUUUGUGGAGCUGUUUACAGCUACGUUCUCUCAAAAGAGCAACGCUGGCUUUCUCAAUGUCGUUCGGAUAGCACUGGAGCACAAGGACUGGAAGAAGCUUGUCAAGGGUAUGCGGAAAGCUAUCCAAAUGGCUGCAUCUAAGCUUCAAAGCAGCAGUGGAGCUGAUCGGGACGUAGAGGAGUCUAAAAGUAAUAAGAUGUCGGCAGCUGGAGCGUCGACGAGUGUUUUAGUGAACCGAUGGGAUACAUUUGAGGCUGAGCUGGUGCGGUUUGAGCGGCAGAAGGAGCAAGCUGAGUCGCACUUUGCCUUCUCAUUCGUGGAGGGCGUUCUCGUCAAAGCGCUGCGAGAAGGUCACUGGGUGCUGCUCGAUGAAAUUAACCUGGCAUCAUCCGAUACGUUGGAGCGAAUUAGUACGUUGCUGGAGCACGAGACAAGCGCGUUUUCUCUCACGGAGCGCGGAGAUGUCGAGAUCAUCCGUCCGCAUCCGAAUUUCCGUCUCUUUGGCGCGAUGAACCCGUCCACAGACGUCGGUAAGAAGGACCUACCGCCUUCUCUUCGCAACAGAUUCACGGAGAUUUACGUGGACGAGUGCGUGGAUCCUUCAGACUUGCAGAUGGUGGUCCACCAUCAGUUCAGGGAAAUCUCUGGCGCUCUAGUACCGGAGACUGUCGAGUUUUACCUGGAGGCUAGGAAGCAAGCGGAGCUGCGAUUGAGUGAUGGUGCGCGGCACAAGCCUCGCUACUCUCUGCGUACGUUGAGCCAGGCGCUGCAUAUCACGCGCAUUUUGAUUCAGCGAGGCUAUGGAACCUCUCGCGCAAUGUUCGAAGGCUUUUGCUCAAGUUUCUGUACGCAGCUUGAGAUGGAAUCGCGUCAAUAUCUCGAGAAACUCAUCAAGAACACUUUCGCCAAGACGAUCAAGGCGAAGGAGCUUAAACGCUCUCCACCCUGCCCUGGUGGCUCGAAGAAGACAAACGAGUUUGUGCUGGUGAGCUCCUACUGGGUCCAAAGAGGCGACUUCCAAGACCCGAGGGACGAUUCACUGCCGGAUCCCGUGACUUCUCGGAGGGAGUUUGUGCUUACAAAGUCAGUGGAAGAGAAUCUGCGUCAUGUGUCACGUGCAGCUCUGAUUGGCAAGUACCCCGUGCUGUUGCAGGGACCUACAUCGGCUGGUAAGACGUCGUUGAUUGGGUACCUGGCUGCUCGUAUCGGCCAGAAGUGCGUGCGUAUCAACAACCACGAGCACACGGACAUCCAGGAGUAUCUAGGAAGCUACGUUUCGGAUUCCAAUGGCAAGUUGACCUUCAAGGAAGGUGUAUUGGUGGAGGCUGUGCGUAAGGGCUGGUGGAUCAUCCUGGACGAGCUGAAUCUGGCUCCGUCUGAGGUCUUGGAGGCUCUUAAUCGACUGCUGGACGACAAUCGCGAGCUGUUCCUGCCAGAGACGCAGGAGACAGUGAAGCCCCAUCCGAAGUUCAUGCUGUUCGCGACGCAGAACCCUCCUGGUCUCUACGGUGGACGAAAGGUGCUGUCGCGUGCAUUCCGGAAUCGAUUUCUGGAGGUUCAAGUCGAUGAAGUGGCCUCUAGCGAGCUUCAGACGAUUCUACAGGAACGCAGCUCGCUGCCUCCGUCGUAUUGUGGCAUCUUGAUCGACAUCAUGCGGCAACUGCAGCUCGUUCGACAGCAGUCGUCAGUUUUCGCGGGAAAGUCGGGCUUCAUCACAACUCGUGACCUGCUUCGAUGGGCGGAACGUCGACCGGCGACGAAGCAGGCUCUCGCGGAGGAAGGAUACUGUUUGCUGGCCGAGCGGUUGCGGAAGGACGAAGAGAAGGAGGUGGUGAAGCAAGUGCUGGAGAAGAAGUGUAAUGUCAAGAUCGAUUUGGACGCUCUGUACUACAGCGGCAAGCCACGAGAGUCGAAUCUGCUGGACGAGAACGGCGAGAUUGAGCAGGAGAUGGUGUGGGGCACCAAGGAGCAGUUUGAGCGUGUCCAAGCGAUGGUGGAGCAGGCUAUUGAAGACACAGCCUCGGGCAAGGCCAAGUCAGCAGGCAAUGCAGCAGGCCUAGAAAAGAUCAGUGUGACCAAGUCGCUGCGAAGACUCUUUGCGCUUGUCGGACGCUGUUUGCAGAACGAGGAGCCGGUUCUUCUGGUUGGAGAGACUGGUUGCGGCAAGACUACGGUGUGUCAGCUGUACUCGCUCCUCUUUUCUCAGCCGAUUCACAUUUUGAACUGCCACCAGCACACGGAGACGUCGGAUUUCCUUGGCUGCUUGCGUCCCGUGCGAGGAAAGGAGAAAACAGCGCUUGAGCUAGAAGAAGCGCUUGCGCGUUUCUUUGCGAUGGGUGACGGAUGUAUGGACGAGCAGGAGAUCGCGCAACGCCGAGCAGAAGCCAAGUCGUUGGGUGUAAGUGUGCUGCUGGCGAAGUACGAGAUUGCGCGUGCUGGUAUUGUCGACGGUGACUCGAAACCGCAAAAGGAACUUGUUGAGCAGAUUGACGUGCUGAAGCGUCGAUUCCAGUCCAUCUUCGAGUGGGCGGACGGUCCUCUGGUGGAGUCCAUGAAGCAUGGCGAUUUAAUUCUGAUCGAUGAGGUGAAUCUUGCCGAAGAUGCUGUCUUGGAACGUCUGAACAGUGUCUUGGAGCCGUCGCGAACACUGCUACUAGCCGAAAAGGGCGGAGACCAAGUGGAAGAGAUUGUAGCUCACUCCAAGUGGCGUGUGAUGGCGACGAUGAACCCUGGAGGUGAUUUCGGAAAGCGCGAGUUGUCUCCUGCUCUGCGCAAUCGUUUCACCGAGAUUUGGGUGCCAGCGAUCUCUGACUUGGAGGAUAUUGCUACGAUCAUUCGCGACAGACUGGUUGGGCCCCCUGGAAUUGUAUCGCUGCCUCGCGCUAUUCCAGCAGCAGCAGUUGGCGAUUUGGCUUCGUUGUGCGACCCUAUCUUGGGUUUCGUGAAGACUUUCAAUGAGGCAAACGGAGGUCUUGGAGGGUGCGGGGCUGUUACGCUACGUGACAUUCUCAGUUGGAUCAACUUCAUCACAUCCGUCAUGAAGAAGCAGGAAGUUGACUUGUCCGUGAAGGUCACAGCGUGGACAGCGUUUGUGCAAGGUGCUGCCUUGUCCAUCUUGGACGGUCUGGGUCUUGGUUCUGACAAGGCACUGCACACGGCGUUGAAGGCUAGAGAGGCGGCGUACAGCUACUUGUUGGCUCUGGUGCCAGACGAUGACGUCCUUGUCAAGCAAAAGGUGGUGGACUCGCUGAAUGUCACGACGCUGUCUGUUGAGAACAGCAUCGACCAGCUGAACUCGUUUGCGUCAGUGAAGACGGCUGAGGGGAAGUUCGGCAUUAGUCCGUUCCUGAUCCCUCGCGGACCGGACCCUGUGCGAAGAAAGCCAGCAUUCUCGCUGAAGGCUCCCACCACAAUGUCCAAUCUGUAUCGCGUGUUGCGUGCCAUGCAGGUCAGCCGUCCGAUCAUCUUGGAAGGGUCUCCAGGUGUGGGCAAGACCAGUCUGAUCAGCGCGUUGGCGGCAGCAUCUGGACACCGCCUUGUACGCAUCAACUUGUCAGAGCAGACGGACAUUUCUGAUCUCUUCGGCUCGGAUCUUCCCGCUGCCUCGUCACCAGACGAGGACAAGGACGGCAACAAGGCGAAUGGUGGGGGUUCUAGUGGCAUGUUCGAGUGGUGCGACGGUGUGUUCUUGCGUGCUCUGAAGGCGGGUGACUGGGUGCUACUGGAUGAACUCAACUUGGCGUCACAAUCGGUCCUGGAGGGUUUGAACUCGUGUCUGGAUCACCGAGGCAGUGUCUACAUCCCGGAGCUGGACAGAGAAUUCGAAUGUCCGCCAACUUUCCGUGUGUUUGCUGCGCAGAACCCGCUUCGUCAGGGCGGCGGUCGUAAGGGACUGCCCAAGUCGUUCUUAAAUCGAUUCACGCGCGUCUUCGUUGAAACUCUACACGAACAGGAUCUAAUCCACAUCGCAAGCUCGAUGUACCCCACGCUGCACUGUUCAGUCGAAGAAAUGGACAUGAGUGACUCUGCGUUGUCGGGGAAAACGCUACUGGAGCGAAUUAUCGGCUUCAAUCGUGCAGUACACGAAGACACGAUGGUGAGCUGCAAGUACGGCCGUCUUGGUGCCCCGUGGGAGUUUAAUCUGCGCGAUGUCUUCCGCUUCUGUGACCUACUCAAGCAGCAAGCGCAACUAGCUGGCAAUGCUGAGCACCGACUUCAGGCCUUGAGUUAUUAUGUCAACUUCAUCUACGUGGAGAGAAUGCGCUCGGCUCGCGACCGGGAGCUCAUUUCUCGUCGAUUCGAGGAGUUCUUUGGGGUGAGGCCGAUGGAUCUGAGUGCUGUUUCGCUUCGUAUGUCGGCAAAUUUCGUGGAGAUUGGCAGUGCAGUGCUCGAACGGCAGCAAGAGAUGCCCAUCGGACGUGUUGCUCCGCCAGUGUUUAACUUCUUGCUGAAGCCGAUGGAAGCCUUGGCUCAUUGUGUAAAUAUGUCGUGGCCUGCUCUUCUCGUGGGAUCCCCAGCAAGUGGCAAAACGUCGUCGGUUCGUCUGUUGGCUGCGUUGAGUGGCAACACGCUGCACGAACUGGGCAUGAGUGCAGGAACGGACGCUACGGAACUGCUGGGCUGCUUUGAGCAAGUGGAUGUGGGUCGGAAGCUGUGCGACAUUAGGCACAAGAUUCAAUUUGUCUACGAGAAGGUGCUGCAGCAACUGAUGCUGUCGUCUGCAUCGACCAAGGUUACUGCGAAGAAGAGAAGUGCGGUUUUGAAGAAGGCCAACCGUCUCAGCAGCACGUGGUGGGCUCUCACCACUCGAGAGAAAUACUACAGCGAAAAUUCCUCUCACGGUGGACACGGGACGAAGCGCAAAGCGAAGAAACUACCGAAGGGUCAACUGGAUGAGGUUGUUGUCGACUUGAUGAAAGAUGUAGUGGCCAUGCUGCAGAAGGAAAAAGACGGCAAUCUGGCGCUGCUUUCUGAGCUGUCGAAUGAAAUUGACAGCGUGGUGAAGCUCAGCAAGUCCAACUCCAUUGCGAGUUGCUUCGAGUGGGUCGACGGGACGUUGAUCCAAGCGAUGGAGAAGGGCGAGUGGGUGCUACUGGACAACGUCAACUUCUGCAGCUCCUCGGUGCUGGAUCGCUUGAACUCGCUGAUGGAGACUGGCGGAGAGAUGCUCAUCAACGAGUGCGGCAUCAUCAACGGCAAGCUUCGGGUGAUUAAACCGCACAAGAACUUCCGAAUGUUCUUGGCGAUGGAUGCGCAGUACGGCGAGGUUUCUCGUGCCAUGCGAAACCGCUGUGUUGAAAUUGCGCUUGCGGAUGAAGACGCCCCGAGACUGGACCUGAUCAAGAUCUCGCUGGCGUGUGGAGUUCCAGGCUUUGCUCUGUCUCGAGCUUUCCAAUCCGCCCACGAGCGUGUGGUGAAGAAGCUUGGCGAGUUUAUGGCGGGCUCGAAAUACGGUCGCAUCAAUCGUCGACACUUGGAAAACUGGUCGUUGCUGGCCUCGGCUGAGCUGUCGCGUGGAGUGCAGCCGAUGACCGCGAUCGGCGAGUCUUUCCAGCGUGUGUAUGGCGACGAAUUGCUCGCGCAGCUUGAUCUCAGCCAAGAGGUACUCGAGCUAUUCGUCAGCGCGUUCCAGACUUCGCAGCUGAACUCGCAGGGCCAGCGUGUGCUCCCGAUGAUUGCUGCACCCUCGACGUUUGUCUUGUGUCAGCAGAGCGAGAGCUUCGUGUUGCAGCGCGACGUCGCGUACCUUGAACACCUCGUGCUCUCUGCUCAAACGUCCGAGAACAAUGACGCGGAUGAUCUGCAGCUCAGCUGGCUGACUCCCAACGUGAAGAUCGCUACGACCGAGUCUUUUAAAGAAGGAGGAGGCAAUCCCGAUGCCUGGCUCAACAGUGUUGCGCUGCGGUGCAAGGGCGAGGACACUAGUUAUUCCCAGAUGGCUUUGAAGGAAGCGUGUGAUCACCUGUCAUCCAAGCAGUUCUUUGGGCUUCAGGACGUCAACACGCCGCUGGCCGUGACACUUGCUCCUUUCGCGUUACGCCGGAUUGUUGAGGUGGCGAGUACAUGUGGCAACGUCGCUACUGUCGACCCAAUGACGGCGGAUCGUCUUCUAUUCGCCCUGGAGAAGGUUGCGCGUGGAGCUACGGGUAGUGCGAGCACAAGUCAGUCAGUCGAGCUACUAGUACGUUUCCUCCAGUCGAUGACGAGGAACAAGUUGUACACGGACAUUUCUCGCAGGAUCGACGAGGCGACGCGGAUGCUGACGAGCUUGCUUGAUAGCCCAGCUGGCUUGCCUCCAACACCGGUGUACUUGGCUGCAAACCACGCAGCUCAUUUGCGCUUGCAGUCUCUUGUUGCUGAAUGCAGCGCCAAUACUCCGGACAAGAAGGCCGAGCUUGACAGUGUUUGGGACUCAAUGCUCCUCGCUCAACGGCAGCUGGAGCUACUUGACGGUGUAGGGUGGCUACGAUUCUGCGAGCACGAACAGUUUCGCGAAGUAGACGCGCUCUUCGCUUCGUCGGAGGGCAGCAAGCAGAAGCGCAACAAGCGAGAUGCGCGUCGAAUUGAUAAGUUGUCGGUGCUGCAGCAGUCCUAUGCCGUGCACAAGUAUCACGCCGACCGCUCCAAUGUGGACAACGAACUGACUUUCCUGGUUCAUCCGCUUCUGAACACGUUUGAUGAGUUCCUGUCUGAGCUUGUUAAAGACUCUUCGAAUGCGACGAUGGAUCCGAAGUUCUUUGAGGCCGUUCAAGCUGUGGUCCGGGACCGAUUUGAGUUCUCUAUCCAGCUGCGAGUGCAAGUCUUCGAGUGGACGCACUUCCUCAUCCACUGGCAGUGGCUGAAGAAGUCGCUGUCGCGACUUGGGAAGCUCAUGGAGCAGCAAUCUUUUACGUUGGAAUCGCAGUGGAAUAACGUCGUGGACAUGUCCGAGCGUAUGCAGGGAACGAUUGAGAAGCUUAUCGGCUGCGACCCGGGGAAGAACGCGCUCUGGAAGAAGGGAGGCCACUCGCUUCUCCCGAGCAACGCUGACUUAUGGAAGGCCGAGUAUCUGUUAAACCGACUGUCCAAGACGUUUAUGCAGGUCAGUUCGACGUCCUUCUCGGCUCUUUCUGUAGGUGCAAGUGGAGGCCCGACAGAUGGCAGAGUUGACGUGUUGGCGCUGCUGUUUGGCGGAGUUGCUUCGAUGGAAGCUGCCAUGAAGAGUGGGAAACUGGACGUGUCUUCGCUGUUCUACGUGGACGUGGACACUCGCAAGGAAGUGCUACAUGCGCUUUGUGCGUUCUCGUACCUCGCUCAGCAGCAAACACGUGGAAAAACUGAAGAAGCUUUUGCCAGUAGACGACCGCAUACGCGCAUGGCAGAGGAGCUGUUCAAGCUCCCCAGUGUGCUGCUGAAGAAGCUGCAGGACAGGCAGUCGGAGAUGACGGAGCUUAUCUCGAAGAAGACGCUGUAUCUGAGUGAGAUCGAGGACAACGCCGACAGUCACGUGGAUCUUCUGAGCGAAGAGGACAGUCGUAUCGGCAAGGACGCUCCUGUUCUGCUGUUCGACAUGAAGGAAAGCGCGCUGUUGAUGGAGCGUAUGGUGACGUUCCAACUGAGUCCACUGCUAGAACACGCGCUAGCUCGUCAAGAGCUUCAGGCGAUCACGAAGCUUGUGCACGUGCUGAACAUGUACCGCUUGUGCAGAAGCGAUUUGUCCCCAACGAGAUACGAAGUGGUUCUGAGUGCUGUGUCGGACGUCCUGCAGUUGCUGGAAGGCAUCAUCGAAGAACUUUUGCGUCUGGGGCUGCGUGACCCUGCUUGCUUUUAUGCGUACCAAGACAUUGUGUGGUGUGGACACACGUUUGUUUCUCUGGAGAUUACCAACAAAACCCAAGACGAGCUAGUAGCAGAGCUGGAGAGGUUUGCGUCUGUGGUUCAGACGCAUCUGAAUGGCGUGCUGUUUGGGUUCCACCAGCUCCUGCGUUGCAACAGCUUCAACGACGUGGAUCUUAUCUCGUUGGAAGUAUUCGACACGCGACGCAAGUUGCGGAAGGUCAACAAGCGCGCUCCUGCUGUGAGUACUGAAGUGGCUGACCACUCGCAGGUCGUUGCAGGCUACCCGCGUUUGUUCCAAGCCGUCCAGAGUGCCGUCGUGCUGAAAAGCAUCGCCGAAGUGGAUUUGGAAGAGUCCAUGUGUCCUACCAGUGAGGCCCAGAUGCGGGCUGCUCGGUUGGAGAAGAUCAAGAGCCACUUCGCCUCGGAACAGACCCAGGCAGGAACGGUGAUGUCGAGCACAAGUAUCUCGUUUGUGACGGAGCUCUUCGUGGCGACAGUGCUGGCUUUUGAAUCAACAUUCCAGACCUGGGAGGAGCUCCCGACUCUCCUUCUGCAGCUCGCAGAUAAGCCUCAGGUAUUUGAUGACAAGACCCUGACACAUCUGCUCAAGGUGCUACGAACUUCCAGUGACAGCACGUUCUCGACGUUGGUUGACUCACUUGUAGCGCCACUGAUGAAGUCGUUGGUUACGGCAGCCAGGGAACAGCACAAUUGCCACCGCGGAAGUCUCGGAGAGAGUAUGGUGAUGCUGGGAUUGUGGCGCUUCGCGUUGCUGCUCCCGUCCUCACCGGUGGAUCCUGUUACCAAGCCACUUGUGAAGAAGGAGAAUUUGCUGAACCGCUUGGCGAUGUUGACUAUGCAGGACGCAGCCAACGCAUCGAUUGAUCGACUGAAUCCUUCGCCUGCAUCUUCGGUGGCGACUGUGGAGAAUGCUGGACGUUCACGGAGCGAAUUGUAUGGCCAAGUGAUGGAAGUAUCCGCGUAUGCGAUCCAGCGUUACCAGCCUAGCAAGCGACACAAUAACGGCGGUGCUAUUGACCCGAGUGAGUUCGGCAUGCAGCCGGUGGCCGCCUCUGUGUUCGGAGAGCUCUUCCGUGAUCUACUGCGGUUUAACUCGACGGUGAUGCCAGCAGAGAAGUUGUCAGCGUUGCUUUCCACGGUGCGAUCGUCGAAGUCGUCGCAGCAGCGGAAGCGCGAGCUCUUGCGUGAGCUGGACAUGUUCCAGCAGACGUCGGAGAGCUUUGUAGCUCAGCUGUCGAAUAAGUUUGGCGAGUGUUUCCGCGAUAUCUUGGAGCCUGUUGCUGCGGCGAUUUACUGCGUGAAGGAAGGUGUCGCGUUGGUAACGUGGUCGCUCUUUCAGCAGCUCCAGGAAGCAUCGCUAAAGCAGCAACCGAAGGAGACGCUGGCGCUCUCUCUCGUGCAGUUCCCGUCUUCCCUGAACGUGAACUCGGUGGAUCAGUCGUGGCGUGGCAUCCAGUUGAUGCUUCAAACUGUGGGGACACAGGCGACGCCCAUUCUAUUUGGCGCUGGGGUAGCGAACAAGCGCAAGGCUGAGGUGGCGCUGCUGGACGUGGCACUGGCGAAGAUGGAGUUCCUUUUCCGCGAGACGUUGACGACAUCCCGUACGAACCGUGUGUUGGACUCGCCUGCGGUCGAAACUGCGCUUGAGAGCAGCAAAACCCUCUUCGACAUGUUCUUGGCCAAGUGGCAAGAGCAAAAAGAGCGUGAAGAGCAGAAGCGAAAGGAGGAAGAAGAGCUCUUCAAGUACAAGGUGCGUCAGCUGGACUUGGAGACCGAGGAGGAGCUGCUGGAGAAGGAGUAUCGUGACCAAUUCCCGGACUAUAGCACCCGUGACUUCCAAGCUUUCUUGAGUCCAGAGCAAGCGUCUGCUGCUGCCGGUCCGGAGGGCGACGGUUUGUCAGCAACCGGAGACUUGGAUAUGCUGAUCACAGACAGAAUCAUGCAGCGUCUGUGCGAGACUCACGUCAAGUUGUAUGCCGAGACAGCCAACUCUGAGAUCGCUCUCACCAAGGACGAGAUUGUCAGUACGUUCGCUCGGGCUUUCUCUCUUGCCGUGAAGCUACGCAAGUCGUUGAAUGCGACGGCGUCCACUGCGAUUGAGAGCGCUGUGACGUCGUCAGGAGUUCUCGCUGCCUCGCUGGUUCAAGCUCGUCUUGGCAGCAGUGUGGGGGCGAAGAAGGGGGCGGUGCCUUCGUUCCAGGCGCUCAGCAGCGAUUACAUUCGAGGAAUCGAUUUCCAUCGUGACCCGCUGGUUAAGGAAGUUGUACUGGUCGCUGAGCCACUGCAGCGUUUGUUGGUCAAAGUGCAGUCGCUCUUGGCUCAGUGGCCGGAUCACGCGAUCCUGCAACAAAUCGUCCUCAUUGCUGAUCGCAUCCGGAACCUCGAGAUCAGCUCCCCGCUAGUUCGUACGCUUACUGGUGUGGAGCUCUUGCUGCGGAAGGCGCAAGAGUGGGAGAUGUACGCAGCACGAGCAUACUCGAUCAGUGACGAACUCGGCGCUCUUUCAGCCUUGGUGACGCGAUGGAGAAAACUCGAAUUGUACUCGUGGCCACACUUGCUGUAUGUCAAGGAGAAGCAACAUCGUUUCACAGCGCAGAAGACGUGGAUCAACAUGUACUCACUGCUCACUGCGCAGUUCGAAUCGGACUCUGCUGUGGCUGGUGUCGAGGAGAAGAGCGCACAGCCUCAGAACCUGCAGUGGCUUCACCUGAACCAUCUCUCCAAGUGGCUGUUUACUCCGCUUCACGAGAACAGAGCUGGCAUUCAAGCACUAAGCGACGCAGCGCGGGAGAGUAUGGAGAAGCAGCGAGAGUUCAUGACCCGACUGUUCGAGACGCUGGACGCGUACAUUCGCUCGUGUCCGAUCGGCCAGUACGAGACUCGACUGCUAGUGGUGUAUUCGUUCUGUGCCCAGCUGUUCAUGGAGCUCUGGAGUCCGUCGGAACGACAGGGCUCAUCGGUUGACUUUGCUAACCAGUCUUCCAAGUACGCGCUGGCCAACAUGUUGUACCAUUUGUACCGAUACUACGCGCAGCAUUUGGGCUACUUGGAGCGUCAGUGGAGCGGUCUAAAGGCUCCGAUCCAACGCAAACUGGUGGAGUUCGUCAAGAUUUGUCGCUGGGAUGAACAAACGUACUACUCGCUGGCGGAGUCUGCUGAGAAAUCGCAUCGCAAGUUGAUGAAGUUCGUGCGUAACUACGACGCUGUGCUGACUGUGUCCAUGCAAACUGUGAUCGACGGUUCAACGGACAGCGGCAUCACGAAGGAAGGAGGCUUUGUUGGGAUUCAUACCACCAAGGCGGAGCUGGCAGGUCUGGACGACAGCGUUGUGGUACCGAAGGAUGCUGAGCAACAGAACGCUGUUGAGGGAGAGGCCACUGAGGACGUGAAGACUAAGCCCAAGACAUUGAAGGUGGAGGAAGCGCAGGAGUCCGAGAGGCCUCCGGUAUUGCGACUGGUUCACACUACUAUGCCGACCGUAAGCGACGACGUUGCAAUGGCUGGACAGUCUUCGUACUUAGAAAAGCUCCCCACGCUCUCGAAGCGCAUUGCCAAGUACACCCAGACGCACAUUCUGUCUCACGAGCAAGUGGAACGCCGUCAACAAGUGCGCGAAGUGUGUGAAGACCUCUGUGAAGCCAUCUUUUACCGGAUGUUUAAGCUUCAACAGGCUACGGGAUUACCCAAGGGUGCGAAGAAGAAGGCUCUGAUCGACUUGCUCGGCGAGUUGAAGGCCCAAGGCUUAGCGUACCACCGACUACAGCUGCCGACGGAGCAACAACAGAUCCAGCAAUUGUUCGAGUUGGAUGUGCCCGAUGUCGAGAACUGCCUUCACGUUGACCAACUGGAGGCUGCUCUCGAUCCCGAAAGUUUGCCCACUGCUCGUGGUCUGAAGGGUAAGAAGAAGCAGAGCAGGAAGAAGAAGGCUAAGCGCACUGGAGGCGUGCAACAGGUGGAGAUUACGGAAGAAGCGUCAGUGAAGAACUCUCCGAUGUGGCUGUGGCAGCGUGCUGACGGAUACUAUUACCGAUUCCUGGGCCAACUGGCUUCGUUGCGAUACACUGCCGUGACGAGCUUUUCCCAUGAUCUAUCGUCGAGUGAGACCGAACGCAUGAGUGGCUACGCGGAGAAUAUGCUGUUCACGAUGCUGCAGCAGCGCCAGAUCCUGCACGCCACGUCGCUCAGUCACGAGAAGCUCGUGGACGGAUUAACCUCGUUGGAGCUGAUGAAGGAGUUCAAGAAGAACUACCUGGAAUCUAGCAAGACGGUCGAUCCGAAGACAGCGAGCAAGUGGCAGUCGUUCCAGCAGACUUCAAUCGUGUCCCUGCGUCGUUCUCUGCGAGAGCUGGAGAUUUUGGUGUUGCAGAUCCUACAGCAACUGCCCGAGACAACGGUAAUUGUGGCAGAAGUCCGUCAGCACUUCCAGCAUAUUUUUGAGCGUUGUGAUGCUGCUCAGAACUCGCUCACUGCAAGUGCUGGGCUGACGCAGUCUCUUGGUGUGCCUGCCAUCCCCCACCGCGCUGUGAAUGCUAGUGAGGAUGCAGGUGACGACGCUGCUAUCGUGGCGUUUGCACGACCGUCUAGGCGGGUGUAUGGUGUGUCUCCAGUGAUCGCGACCGAUGGCUCAGAAGCACAGAAGUUGCCUGUGGCGGUGGACGUGCUCAAGGCGAACACUGCUCGCUUCUGCGAAAUUCAGGGGCUUCUGUCGUCUGUUUCGUCAGCGUUUGGCACUGUGACGACGUCGAAUUGCCUUGAAGAUUUCCAAGCCGAGUUUGUCCGCAUUGUUCGUGAUGACGCCAAGUUUGAGCAGACCCUGAAGGAGACUAACGGCGACUCGCUCGUGUCCAGUGCCGACCACGAACGCGAGAGUGAACAAGCGCUGACGGUUUUUAGUGAACACUACGACAAGAUGGUGGAGACUGUGCUGGUGUCGAUCCAGGACCUAACGAAGGUUUCCAAGGAGGCUGCUUCAGUGUCCUCUCAAGGCGAGGAAAAUGAGGACAGCGAAGUUCAGUCGCUUCGUGACCAACUUGCGAUGCUGUCGACAAUGGUCAAGGACUCGCGUGUGAGCCACAUUGCGUCGCAGCUUGCGAAGCUGCUGGAGCUGCUUCAGAUUCAGUACACUCAGCUCACCAGCACUCGGUCCGAGCAGUGGCAGCGCGUGUUUGUAGCCUCACUGGCGCUUCUGGAGCGUUUCGAGCCGAGUCUCAUCGACGUGCGCGGCAUCAGUCGCCAGCUUCUGGUUGACUACUUGGUGGCGCACAAGAGUGUGAUGAAGCUGGACUUCGUGCUGGUGCGUAUCUUCCGAAACCUUUUUCAGCACGGCUUCUGUCGCACGGACGAGGAGAAGAACGACGAAGGGGGAGACGGAGGUGCAGGCAAGAUGCAGUUCCAGGACGACGUGGAAGGCACGGGAAUGGGCGAAGGCGAAGGCAAGAAGGACGUGAGCAACGAGAUCGAGGAUGAAGAACAACUACUGGGCUUGCAGGGAGACCAACAGGAGGAGCCUGAGCCUCCGGCUGACCAGAAACCGGAAGACACGGGGCUGGAGAUGCAGAAUGACUUUGAAGGCACGAUGCAGGACGUCCCGGAUGAGGAGAAGGAGGAGCAGGACGAGAACGAAGACGACGAGGAAGAGCUGGACCGCGAGAUGGGCGAGUUCGACCAAGACGACGAGAAUGUGGUGGACGAGAAGAUGUGGGGCGACGACUCGGAUGACGACGAGGAGAACAUCGACAAGGAAAAAGAGAAGUUUGAGGAAGACUCCAAGGUCGAGGGCGAGGCGCUGGAGGAUGAAGUGCGUGGCAAAGACGGUGACGAGGAAGACAAGGACAAGUCUGAAAAGAAGGAAGAGGACAAGCAGAAGCCUCAAGCUGACCAGACAGACGAUAAGAGCGCAGAGGAUGGUGGAGACGACGGAGAUGAUGGCGAUGACGGCGACGACGAGAAGAUGGAGGACGAGGAGGGGGUCAAUGACGACUUUGAAGACAAGUACGAAGAUCACCACGACGUGGACCCGACGGAGCGAGAAGAAGGCCACGGAGAGGACGAAGCGGAAGAAGAACAUGGCGACGAACUCCCCGAGGACAUGCAGCUUGACAAGGACGGCGAUGACGGCGAGGACGAUGGAGACGCCGAUGGAGAGAACCCGGACGAGGACAUGGACAAGCUGGACGAUCCGGACGAUGAGAUGGCUGACGAUGAUUUGACUGGAGAAGAAACUGGUGGAGCUGAAGAGGACGAGAAUGAAGAAGAGGAGAACGAGGAAGAAGAGGUUGACAAUGCCGUGCAGCUUGGUGGCGGGGGUCUGGAAGACGAGCCAGAGCAAGCUGAGGAGAAGGAGGAGGAAGAUGCUGAGCAGACUGAGACUCCUGAGAGUGCGGAAGAGGAGCAGGCGGCGUCUACUGUGGCCGGUACGCAGUCUAAGGAUGGCCAGGAUGAGCUGGAAGCGGACGAACAGGGAGACGGGAGGACCAGGAAAUAGAGGAUGCCAACGCCCAAGAACAGGACCAGGGAUCAGAGCAAUGACGACAGCAGUAGCAGUCGUGCGCAGAAGCAGAGCAGCAGUAACGAGCAGGACGCCAAGCAGGAGUGGGAAGCCGCAGUCUCAAGUCGACAGCAAUCCGGAUCAGGAACGUCCUCGUGAGAAACGUCGUGAUCGCCGGGAACCGAAUCGUAUUCGGAAUGCUCAGGAAGCUCAGGAGCACUGGAAGAAGCGAGUGGAGAUGGUGGAUCGUAUUGAUGAGGAUGAGAAGGAAUCGGACAACAAGAGCGCGGACAAACAGGAGAAGGCGGCGGAGAUGACAACUGCCGAGUUUGUUGACGACGACGACGAGAUGGAGGACGUGGAGCACGCGCUGGCUGCUGCGGACGAGAACCAGAUCAUGAACCAGCCUCGUUCUGACGAAGAAGAGGACGAGAACGUCGAGAAGAAGGACGAAGAGAUGAACGCUGGGAAUGGAGCGACAGCCAUGGAAGUCGACGACGAAGAAGACAAGAAGAAGAACGAGGAGUCGAUGGAAGAGAAGGAACAGGACAAGCCAAAGCCAGUCAAGCAAGAUCCGAAUACUGAUCCAGAUGCAGCGGAAGAGAACGAGAACGCUGAGAAGGAUCAGACGAUGGAUGAAGAGGAUGUCAAGCCGGAAAGCCCCACUCAAGGGGGAGAGCACGAUCUUCUGGACGAGCAGGCCGACCACGCGCUUCCAUCUCGUCUGCGUGACUUGGAUUUGACCAACAGCAUGCAGGAGCAGGAUGAGGAGGACAAAGCUGAAGCCAGAGCAGUCAAACUGCUCACUCCUGAUGAGGUUGCAGCUCUUCGUGACGAGCUCGACUCGUUCAUAGCCAGCUGGUCGUCGCAGUCGGAGCAGGAACGUGGUGCGGAUCUGUGGGCCAAGUACACGGCGUUGACUGCCGGCGCCUCGCAGCGUCUGUGUGAGCAGCUGCGUCUGGUUCUUGAGCCCAUGCUUCGUGCCAAACUCGAGGGCGACUUCCGAACCGGCAAGCGCAUCAACAUGCGCAAGGUGAUCCCGUACAUCGCCAGUCAGUUCCGCAAGGACAAGAUCUGGCUGCGUCGUACACGUCCGUCCAAGCGUCAGUACCAAGUGAUGUUGGCUAUCGAUGACUCGGAGUCUAUGGCUGACAAUCACGCGGGUCGCUUGGCCCUGGAAGCGCUUGCCACGUUGUGUAAGGGCAUGACGCAGCUGGAGGUUGGUGAGCUUUCUGUGGUCAAGUUCGGCCACGAGCUGGAGCUGCUGCACGCGUUCGACACGCCGUUUACGGACGACGCCGGCAGUCGCUUGAUCGGCCGCUUCGGCUUCCAGCAGAAGAAGACCAACAUGGUGCAGACGCUGGAUACGAUCUUGCAGCUGCUCGAGACGGCCAAGCAGGCGUCGUCAGCUACUAGCAGCACGGUGGAGUUCACGCAGAUUGUGUUUUUGAUCUCGGAUGGCCGCUUCGACUCGGACGGACGCGUGCGUAUCCGCAAGUUGAUCGAGACGGCAUUGGAACGGCAGCAGCUGAUUGUGCUGCUUAUCGUGGACCAAGGAGCAGCCGAAAACGAGAGUGCAGCCAACCAACAGACGUCGAUCUUGGACACACAGAGCGUGACGUUCGAGAAGGGCAAGGUGCGCAUGGUGCCGUAUCUGGAGAACUAUCCGUUCCCGUAUUACGUGCUGCUACCGACGUCGGCGAUGCUCCCGGAGAUCCUCUCGGACUCGCUUCGUCAAUGGUUUGAGAUGCUGCAGGCCAAGAGCUGA